UUAUAAAUGAGUAUGAUGAAACAUAUAUUUGCAAGACACCAUGCAUGACAUCGUCGUAUAGAGGAGACAAAUGGAUUGGAGAGCUACUACAUGGACAUUCAACAAUGUUUCAUAAUAUGUUUUGCAUGUCUCAAACAAUUUUUGUGAAUCUACUGAAUGACUUGGUAUGUGUUUAUGGUCUAAAUGGAUCAUCAAGGACAAUAAGUAGAGAAGUACUUGCGAUUACUUUGUACAUUUUAUCGCAUAAUGAAUCAAUAAGGUCAACAUGUGAGCGAUUUCAACACUCAACUGAGACAAUCAGUAGGUAUUUCUCCAUUGGAUUGGAAGCUUUGGUGAAAUUAUCAUGUUCUGUGAUCAAGCCUAUCGAUCCUAAUUUUGAUGAUAUACCAAGAAAUAUUUUGUAUGAUAAUCGAUAUAUGCCAUAUUUCAAGGAUUGUAUUGGAGCUAUCGAUGGAACACAUGUGGAUGCUCGUGUUUCUAAUUCUGAGAAAGCAGCUUAUAUAGGAAGAUGUGGGUCAACGACGCAAAAUGUUAUGGCUGUGUGCGACUUCAACAUGUGCUUUGCUUUUAUCAUGGAAGGAUGGGAAGGAAGUGCACAUGACAGUCGUAGUUUUAAAUUUGCAACUCAUAAUAGACACAAUAACUUUCCAAUGCCACCUCCUAGUACGUUCUAUAUAGUUGUUUCAUUAGUAUAA